GAAAGUUACUUGACUGACGAAACUUUGCUGAAAAUGGCUCCGAAGACUAGUGGAAAGGCUGCCAAGAAGGCUGGAAAGGCCCAGAAGAACAUCUCGAAGACGGACAAGAAGAAGAAGCGCAAGCGUAAGGAGAGCUAUGCCAUCUACAUCUACAAAGUGCUGAAGCAGGUCCAUCCUGACACUGGCAUCAGCAGCAAAGCCAUGAGCAUCAUGAACAGCUUCGUGAAUGACAUCUUCGAGCGCAUUGCUGCAGAGGCUUCUCGUCUGGCCCAUUACAACAAGCGCUCCACCAUCACGAGUCGCGAGAUCCAAACUGCUGUGCGUCUCCUGCUGCCCGGAGAAUUGGCCAAGCACGCCGUGAGUGAAGGCACCAAAGCCGUCACCAAGUACACCAGCUCCAAGUAAAUCGACGCCUGUCCAUGGAUCAUUCUCCAAAACCCACAAAAUGGCCCUUUUGAGGGCCCAC